AUGAAGUUCAGUGCGGCUUUUGCAGGUCUUGUCGGCCUUGCUGUUGCUUCACCUUUUACGGAGCAUGAUACCUCCAAUGGUCUCGUCGCACGAGGUGGAAAGUGCGAUAUUCCAAGCAAGUACUUGCAAUACCCCUCCACGCCCAAGCCCAAGAAGUAUUAUGGCUACGGUCGUACCAUUCAUGUCAAGCGCGGCCAAAAGAUCCAACAUGCCAUCAAGAAUGCAUUUCCUGGUGACCGUAUCGUGGUUGCAGCCGGCGACUACCGCGAACAACUCGUCAUUGACAAGGAUGGCAUUCAACUGGAAGGCCAUGGUGCAAACCUCAUCCAGCCGGACGCGAAGGAUCUCAAGACGAAUGCCUGCACUGGCUUGACCCAGGAUCCGCAGAAGAAUAAACUACAGACCGGUAUCUGUAUCGUCGGGUACAAUGUCAAGACGGACGCCUUCAUUACCGAGCAUAAGAGAGUCAAGUCUGUACAGAGGCCCGUCAAGGGUGUGUCUGUCACUGGCUUUACUGUCAAGGGAUUUUCUGGCAUCAACAUUGCUAUUCUCGGUGCCAAGAACACCUACAUCACGAACAACAACCUCGUUGACGGCGGGGCAUAUGGCGGCCUGACACUUGGUUCAAUCAACACGGUCUUUUAUGACAACGUUGUCACGACUACGAAGGGUGGAUUUAUCGGCAUAUGCAUGGACAACAAGUCAGAUGUGUUUGCCACGAAGAACCAGAUUUCGAAUCAUCUCAUUGGUCUUUGUGUUCAGACCAACGGCGCAGUGAUGGAGUACAACAAACUCACAAGCAACUGCUUCGGUGUCUUUGUCGAUCCUGGUGUCAGGGAAGCCAAGAUUGCCCACAACUACAUCGGCCCAACCCCUGCUCCCUGCGACAAGAACGCUGCGGGUGUUGUUCUUGGAAGUUCCAUCGGGGUUCUGGUUAGCGACAACACCAUCGAGGGCCAGAAAGCCAGUGAUGGGUCAGGAGCAGGCAUUCGCAUCUAUGACGACCCCUGUGUUGCCACACCGGAAAUGCCCAUUUCCCUUUCUUGCGUUGUUCUCGGAAAGGCAAUCAAGGCCAGAGAUAACGUUGUCGUCCGAAACACUCUCAACGAUAACAACAGCGACAUUCAGAACUUGAGCAAGGGCAGCGGAAAUAUCAUCAAGUGUAACACUUGCAAGAACGAAGCCAGCAUCAAGGCUGGUCAGUGCAAGAAGCCCUGA